GGCGACAGCAGGUAGAACAGGACUGGGGACAGAGCUGCAGAUCUUCCUACCUAGGGCACCCUGAGAAGCCAGAUGUUCACCCCCUUGAGGCCCGUGGGGACCCCGGUGUGGCUGCCGGUGCUGCUGCUGGCCCUAGCGGCAGACAGGGCGGUGGCGGCGGCCGCGCCCACCUUCCCAUGGCGGGACGCGAGGACCGGGGAGGGGCUAGUGUGUGCCCAGUGUCCCCCGGGCAGCUUCAUGCGGCGGCCGUGCGGCCCGGGUAGCGCCACCGUCUGCGAGCCGUGCCCAGCCCGCCACUAUACGGAAUUCUGGAACUACUUGGAGCGCUGCCUCUACUGCAACGUCAUCUGCGGGGAGCACGAGGAGGAAGCGCUGCCGUGCACCGCCACCCACAACCGCGUUUGCCGCUGCCGUGCCGGCUUCUUCGAGUUCGCCGGCUUCUGCCUGGAACACGCGCCCUGCCCGCCCGGCUCCGGCGUAGCAGCCGCCGGCACCCCCAGCCAGAACACGCAAUGCCAGCCGUGCUCCCCAGGCACCUUUUCCGCUAACAGCUCCAGCACCGAGAGCUGCCAGCCACACCGCAACUGCUCGGCCCUGGGCCUGGUGCUCAACGUGCCUGGCUCCUCCUUCCACGAUACCCUGUGCACCAACUGCACGGCCUUCCUGCUUGGUGACUGGGAGCCCGGGAUGCCAGGGGUGGAGGAGUGCGAGAGCGCCAUCCUAGACUUCGUGGCUUUCCAGGACAUGUCCUUCAAGAGAUUCCUGCGACUGCAGCAGGCGCUGGCUGGCCAGGACGUGCAGAGCCCUGUGCCGCCUCGGGAGGGACUGGCAGCCUUGCAACUGAUGCUCCGGGGGCAGCUGGCACGGAUCCACGAACAGGAGGGUGGGGGGCCCCUGUUGGAGCGGCUGCUGCAGGCUCUGCACACCGCCAGGCUGCCUGCCCUGGAGCGCAGCGUCAGGGCCCGCUUCCUCCCCACCCGUUGACUGCGGCCCCCUUAUUUAUCCCCCCCACGCCCCUACACACAGGCUGGGACGGGGCUCUUAUCAUCAACUUUUAUUUUUUUAAUGAAGCCCUUUUGUAAAAUUGG